UUCCUGAGCCCCCUCUGCCUCCUCCCCUGACACUGUCAUAUCCAGACGCCAGAAAUCCCCUCUCACUCCAUCCAGAAGAGAGACCCCCACGCACGCCGGAGACCCAAUUUCCCAGGAGAACCAGGUCUGUCUAUAUCAUCACCAUGAAGGCCGCCACUAGGAUAUGGGGGCUCGUUUCUGCGCUGCUGGUUCUGGCCGCAGAGGGUGCGGUCCAUGUGGAUGGACUCUCGGAGAUACAGAACAAGGCGGUCAGGCUGGUAAUGGAAGAUUUCCACACCAAGGACCACCUGAAGAAUGGAUUCAAGUUCUCCUCUCUAGUGAGAAAAGAAGAAACUGAGUAUGCUGCCGGUAUAUUUGUGAACGUGGAGUUUACAGUGAAACAGACGACCUGCCCGAAGCAUCACUGGAUGAAGUCUGAUUGCGAGUACAAUCAGAAAGGGUACGUGUUCAACUGCUUUGCCUGUUUCAAGUUUGAGUAUGAGACUCACAAGGUUCUGUCUCAGGUCAUUGACUGCGUCCGGCCACGCUUCGUGCAGGGCCGGGGGAAUCAGAGGAACAAGACCUGUACAGAAGUAGCCAUGAAGACUGCCGGGACGAGGAUAGUUGGAUCCUACAGUUUCGUGAAGACCGAGUAGAAGUUUUUGGGACAAAAAAAAGGAUGCCGGAGUAGAAGACCCUCCUAGUGAAUGGGACCGACAUCCGUAUCUGAAGGAAGAUUGUACCCUCCGUCCGCCAGUUACCGUUACGCCACAUUGUAUAUACUGUUAUAUGAGAAUUAUUAUUCGUCACAGGCUGAGCUAUAGAGAACACUGUACACAGCGGCUGCCGCUCACGUAAUAAGGAUGACGGAGACCCUCUGCCCCUGACCCUCUGAUAUAUCUCUCGGGUGUUGCAGUUACGCAGCUGAUUUCUCCAAGAGCUGAUAAUGGUGCACUCACCUGUAAUCAGUGUACACUGGAUGUAAUAAAGUCACAUGUACAUGGAA